AUGGCGAACAGCACUAACAUCUCGGACUGGCUAGGUAAGCUUUGUAACGGUACGACCGACUUUCCGACCAAGGCCCGCUAUGAUCUGACAGCGUCGGGGAUCAUUUUGCCUCCGUCGGUUUCUCACGAUGCGUUUUCGAAUGAUGUCGCUAUUGUCGCUGCGACCUUGUACUGCUGGGAAUACCUGAUGACCGUUCCCUCGGAGCUCGGCAUCUACGUAACCAUCCCUUUGCGCGCCCCUCACCUGAUACUGUUCGUGCUGAUGCGAUACACAACCCUGGUCGCCAUCAGUCUGGGCCUCUACGCUACCUGGCGUCGACAAAGUGGCGACUGCAUCCCCUACCGCGAAAUCUGCACGCUUCUCGUUCAACUUUCUGUCUCCGCCGUGCUCGGCUGGCGUACGAUCGCCAUCUGGCAGAGGGACGCACGUAUCAUCGUCAUCGUGUUUCUGCUGCUCACCACCCUGAUGCUCUUCUCGUCGCUGCUGGUGCUCAGCUUGAAGUCGAGAAAGCUGAGCAACGGGGCGUGCCUGCUGGUCGAGAACGGCAACUACGAGUUUUUCCCGCUGGCGUGGUUCUACGCGGGCACGGUGCUGUACGAUACGAUUGUGAUCGUGUUGAGCACGUACCGGUUGUGGCAACAUCACAAAGACGUGGUUGCGUUUCCGGAGGCGGGUGCGACGAAGAAAAAGGGUAGGAAACCGAGGAUACAUUGGUUGCAGUGGCUCCAUUCGCAGUGGAACAGCCUCACGCCACUUCUGUUUCGAUUGGCGUCCAACGGUGUGCUGUACUUCGGCUUUUCGAUGGUGUUCAACAUCGUGUGCUUUGUUGUAGGUCACUGGGACGAGCGUCGAGCGCAGGAUCUGAUGCUGCUAUACUCGUCCGUGAUGUGGAUCGUGUGCCAGCGACUGGUGCUGCUGGAAGUGAAGGCGACGUGGAGAGACCGCUUGUCAAUCGACGGGCUCAAGCAGGCGGGAGACGAGGAGACAGAUAGGCUGAUCGCAAGGAUCCUGCAGGCGUCCUGGUCAUCCAAACCGCCGCCUCCGAUGAACGGCAAGCCUUGGACGACAGAAGGCAUGAAAGACAAAAGCAAGGAACAGCUUGUGCUCAGCUUGUCGGUCGACAGCUGUCUCAGGGCUGCACCCAUUUCGUGCUGCGCGUGUAGUCGGGGCAGAGAAGCGCAGUCGAAACGGUCGCGGGCGGCGGAGACAAGCCGACCGUCUGGAUUGGGCGUUGAACACAAUGAUGCAGAGAUGGGGGAGGCGAGAGUGCAUCAGUUGCACGAUUUUCGACUUUCGCUGCCUGAAGGGUUCUUUGACGAGUUCGGCGCUGCCUCGAGGACGCCGAUGGGAUCAAAGACUGUCGAUUCCGUUGGUGUUGCUGCUCGAACGAAUAUGUGUAACGACGAGAGCGAUCCAGAGGCAAGAAUGGAGACAGGCAUCAAGCGCAGGUUGGGCACGUUACUCCCGACACGAGCCCCGCACAAACUCUUCGCCGCCUCGCCCAACAGGUCCCCACGUAGCGACACCACCGUAGACACCGCAGCGUCCAACACCGCCAUCUCAAUCGAUCACCCCCUCCUCGACUCCCCUUCCAUCCCCCCCCGGCUCACCCCUCAUUCCAAUGACGCUACGCCGUCCUCGCGCCUCUCGCGCCUCUCGCACGCCUUUGACGGGUGCUCUAAAUCCACCUCCAGCCUCAGCAUCCCCACUACAUCCAAUUGCACUUGCAGCUAUCUCAAUAAAACCGACCCCGCGCCAGAUACCGAGCAGCAGCAGCAGCAGCAGCAUCGACGGACUUCACAAAGACGGGGAAGAGCUAUCACUACGCUGCCGAGCCUGGAAGUCGCCGACAUGCUAGCCAACAUGACGGACGACGCAAAGACGACAGCACUGGCGCUUGCGGGGAUGGAAGGGGUGCAGCCUUCGUUGGCCGGAUCGGAGCUGUUUGCCUCGCCGCGUGCUCAACCGCCAAGACCGCUCUGGAUCAUUCAUCCUCCGCUGUAG